AGGCACCGUGUUGGCUCAAGAGUCUCGCGUGGCUCAGGGGGCCCAAUCCGAAGACGUCUGCUGCGAACCAACGUACACUCUGACGAGGCAUGCUUGUUCUGUGGCUAUCGCUGAUCUCUUGGAGUACGACGGCGUGCCUUGCGAGCCGAACCCUCGCAGCUGUUCUCGCGAACGUGUCGGAUGCCGCAGGCGGCAAUGGGAGGGCGCAGAUCUGCUCGUCCUGCGACGAGUACGGCUGGGCGUACUGCAUGGGGUGCUCCGCCAGCUGCAAGUGGCGCAGCGGGGCGUGCAUGCACAAGUGCUCGAGCUGCUGCGGGCUCUCCGACGGCUGCCCCGUGAGCUACUGCACCUGCCAGCAGGGCGCCAACGUCCUCGGGGCGCUCUCGACCGACUGCCCCGAGCCGAGCGCGGACCCGUCGGACGACGCGCGCAGGUUCCAGCUGUUCACGCCGCGCGCCUCCGGGGGCGGCGGGGCGUACGUGGCGGUGGAGCUGUCGCGGCCCAGCUGGGCCGACCUGCGCCCGCGCCUCGUGCUGCACUGGCACCAGGAGUGGGUCGUGAGGAUGACGCGGCAGUUCUGGGGCUGUAGCCCCUCGGCAACCGGGGGCGGGGGCUGCUCGUGGAAGAGGACGUUCACUUGGGAAACCAGGGGCGCCGCGAACGACUCCGCGAAGGCGUCGACCACCACCAUCGAGCUGGCUGAGGCCGAGUAUAUCCGCGCAGGGGCCCUCCUCGCGAAGGCGGGGCAGGAGGGCGCCCAGUACCUCGACAUCAAGACCGGCGGCGACCUGCUGAGGAAAAAAGCCUCGGCCACUUGUUGGGGCAGGGCCACCCCGGGCAGCAGCUGGCCCGCGAGGAUGGCCGGCGGCGUGUACCUCGACAAGGGCGUCGUGGAGGGGAGCGCGGAGGUGAUGUGGCCGAGGGGAGCGGAGCCACCGGUCCAGCCAGAGGUGCUGCUGAGCGCCGAGAAGUCCGUCAGGAGCGCAGAGGCUCGCGGUCGAGAGCAGCUGAAGCCCAAGGUGCAGGACACGGGCAGCUUCGUGGUCGCGGAGUUGCUCGAGGGCAGGCUCGGGCCGCCCUUCCGGGCGGCGCUGCAGGGCGGCCUCUUCCGCGGCCGGGGGGACGUGGUGUCCGACGACUCCCCCGCGGACGGGGUCCCGGCGCCCGGCCUGAACUUCGGUACUUUCGUGGACCACUUCGCCGCUCCGCCCCUCGAGGCCGCGGCCCCCUCGGCGGAGCCGUGGGCCGGCGGCGCCUCGGGCCCGGUCGUCGCGCUGCAGCCAGGCGGCGAAGCGUUCCGGCAGUUGCGUUGCGAACUCGGGAUGCACCGCUGCAGGGGCUCCGUGGUGGCGCCGCUCAACACGCCCUGUCCUCAGGAGGCCGCCGAGUGAGUGUUCCGCAGGCCCCCAGGGAAGAGGUUGCGACGCAUGCGGGGCCUUCGCUGCGAAAAAAUUGCGACGUCUGAGUUCUGGGUCCUUCCCCUUGUGUUUCUCUGCGACGUGUCCGCCCCCGCCCCCCUCC